UUUGAGCGAGGAGCGUGCAUUCAGUAAGCGUAUGUCGCAGUGGCAGGUAGUCGCGUCGCACGAGCUCGACCAUAGCGCAAUAACACCCAUUUGAAUCAUCGGUGUCGCUGACUCAGUGCUGUUGUGUUGAAACUUAGGUGUGAUGGUGAACAAUAUUUUAGUGCGUUUCUAAUAUCCGUGUAAUGCACGCCAUGAGUGAUCCCGCUGCUUUGGCAGGCAUGUUGCCUUUCGAUUCUAUUGGACUGUACGAACAGCCGAAACCUCGUUUUAUCUUUAAAAUGCCGCGGGUAGUUCCAGACCAAAAAGCGAAAUUCGAAUCUGAUGAUCUCUUCAAAAGACUGAGCAGAGAAAGUGAGGUGAGGUACACUGGGUACCGCGACAGGCCCCCAGAGGAGCGCCAGAUGCGGUUCCAGAGCGGCUGCCGCGAAGGUCACACGGAGAUCGCGUUCACCGCCACGGGCACCAACUUACAGCUGGUGUUCGACCACUCGCCCUACAACAACCGAGGUUGCGACUUCCAGAAAGAAAGCGGCAAGGCCCACAUCGUAUCCCGAUUUAUAAUGAACGGCGUGUGCGUGAGGUGGCGCGGCUGGAUAGAUUUGGAGCGGCUCGACGGCGUCGGGUGUCUGGAGCUGGACGAGGAGCGGGCAGCGAUUGAGGACGCGGCUUUGCGCGAUCAGAUCGAACGAUACAACCAGAGGCUGCGGGACUUUGAGGACAAGCAGCGCGCGUACCGUGAGCACGGUGAAGAGCUGCGCGCACACUCGCAUGUGCACCAGCGCUGCCACCAGCCGCGCCAGGCGCCGCACGCCGCGCACCCAUCGCACCCGCAUCCGCCGCACCCAGUGCACAUCAAGCCGCACUCGCAGGGCGCACUCAUCUCAUAAAUACUCAAACCAUACCAACAUCUUGGAAAUUACCUGCAGGCGAAACUAAGGUCUCUAAUGGUCUAACAUCCAAUUGUCAUAUUGCAGUCAUUAUAAAAUUAACCAUAUCAGAUUUUAUUUUCGCCUGGAGAGAUGCUUUGUUAAAAAAAUUCUAUCAUGGUCACCAACCUCCCCUUUACAUAAGAAUAAAUCUCACAUUUAUGAAAAUUAGAUGAACGAAAGUAAGAAAGAAAUGGCAAAAAGAUUAAGAAAUACUGUAUUGUUUUAAUGCUCAAUUUUGAUAAUUUAAAAACUUUAUAUACUGUUUUAAAAAAACGGUUAAAUUAAUUAAAUUACUACUUUAUUUAAUUUCUGCCACCAGCAGGCGACGAAAAUUUUGACAGACCUACAAACGUUUGACCAUGUCUUGAUUUAAACAUCACCACAAUAAAGUAAAAACUUCAAUGGCUUUUAUCAAGCAUUUAUUAGUAGUAUUAACUCGUCAUGAUCUAACACUGACGAAAUCUGCAAUGUUAGUUAGUAAUUAACUAGUUUUAAGUAAAUGUAGAUUAUAGAAGAAACCCCGGAAAAAUAUAUCUUAAAAAUUCCGAGCUUCAUCAAUAUCCCUUGCAGUCUUAAAGUUAUAUCUGGGAUAACUCGGGGAGUCUGAAGAUUUUAUAUACGCAGUAGCAUUUUAUGGAACUGCGUAUUACCAUGAUCUGGGUACGCAGGACUCCAGAAGACUACAGGAUAGUUUUAAAAUAAUAAAG